CGGGCUGGACCCCGGAGGAGCCCGCGGGCUGGCAGGCUGCGGCUCGGGUGGCUGAGCGGGAGCUGCGCGGCGGGGCUGGUGGGUGGAGGUCGGAGGCGGCCCCGAGCUCCUGAGCAAGCGCAGCGCCGGCGGGAGUGCGAGAAGGGCGGUCGGCGGAGCCCUGAGCGGGGCUGAGGCGCUGAGACGCGGUGGCGCGGCUGCUGGCUGCCGGCUGGAUGGGAAGUUAAUGUUUACGGUGGAGUCCACCCAACGUUUCCAAGAUAGGGACUGGGUCUUGAACUCAGAUGUUUGCAAAUGGUUUAGUGUAUGCCAGGUUCAAACCUGGGUUGCCCACAUGGACAUGACAAAGAAAGGGAGCUAUCCAACUAGACGUAGUGAAGGGAGAGAGAAAGACCAGAGCAACACUCUGGCACAUGUGCCAGGGAUCAAACUCAAGACCUCAUGCAUGUGGCGACAGACAAGGUUGCAGAAAAGCUGAGUUCUACUCUCUCAUGGGUAAAGAACACAGUAUCACAUACAGUCAGUCAGAUGGCCAGUCAGGUGGCAAGUCCAUCUGCCUCAUUACAUACCACCUCCUCAUCGACCACACUGUCAACUCCAGCUCUUUCACCAUCUUCCCCAUCACAGCUGAGUCCAGACGACAUAGAACUGCUGGCUAAACUGGAGGAGCAAAAUAGAUUACUGGAGACGGAUAGUAAGUCUUUAAGAUCUGUAAAUGGAUCAAGAAGAAACAGUGGCUCCUCCCUUGUAUCAAGUUCAUCUGCCUCUAGCAACCUCAGCCACCUUGAAGAAGAUUCUUGGAUUCUUUGGGGAAGGAUUGUUAAUGAAUGGGAAGAUGUGCGCAAGAAGAAGGAAAAGCAAGUUAAGGAACUCGUCCGUAAAGGGAUACCCCACCACUUUAGAGCAAUAGUUUGGCAACUUUUAUGCAGUGCACAAAGUAUGUCAAUUAAAGAUCAGUAUUCAGAACUUCUGAAAAUGACUUCACCGUGUGAAAAACUGAUCCGAAGGGAUAUUGCUAGAACUUACCCUGAACACAAUUUCUUUAAGGAAAAAGAUAGCCUUGGACAGGAGGUCUUGUUUAAUGUUAUGAAGGCAUAUUCUUUAGUGGACCGUGAAGUUGGUUAUUGUCAAGGAAGUGCAUUUAUAGUGGGAUUGUUACUUAUGCAGAUGCCAGAAGAAGAGGCUUUCUGUGUAUUUGUUAAAUUGAUGCAAGACUAUAGACUUCGUGAACUAUUCAAACCAAGUAUGGCAGAAUUGGGACUUUGUAUGUACCAGUUUGAAUGCAUGAUACAGGAGCAUCUUCCAGAGCUCUUUGUACAUUUCCAGUCUCAGAGUUUUCAUACCUCAAUGUAUGCAUCGUCCUGGUUUCUGACUAUCUUUCUUACAACUUUUCCACUUCCAGUUGCAACAAGGAUAUUUGAUAUCUUUAUGUCUGAGGGUUUAGAAAUAGUCUUUCGAGUAGGAUUAGCACUUCUUCAGAUGAAUCAGGCAGAACUGAUGCAACUUGACAUGGAAGGAAUGUUACAACACUUUCAGAAGGCCAUUCCACAUCAGUUUGAUUGUGGACCAGACAAAUUAAUCCAAGCAGCUUACCAAGUCAAAUAUAACUCAAAAAAAAUGAAAAAGCUUGAAAAGGAAUACACUACAAUAAAAACUAAAGAAAUGGAAGAGCAAGUUGAAAUUAAAAGGUUACGCACAGAAAAUAGACUCUUAAAACAGCGCAUUGAAACAUUAGAAAAAGAAAGUGCUUCCUUGGCAGAUAGAUUGAUACAGGGACAAGUGACAAGAGCCCAGGAGGCUGAGGAAAACUACCUCAUAAAACGGGAAUUAGCUACCAUCAAACAGCAGAGUGAUGAGGCCAGUGCUAAACUGGAGCAAGCUGAAAAUACCAUCAGGAAGCUCCAGCACCAACAUCAAUGGCAUAAAUGCAGUUCCAACUACAAUGAAGAUUUUGUGCUACAGUUAGAGAAGGAGUUGGUCCAAGCGCGUUUGAGUGAAGCUGAAUCUCAGUGUGCACUAAAGGAAAUGCAGGAUAAAGUACUGGAUAUUGAGAAGAGAAACAACUCUUUUCCCGAUGAGAAUAACAUUGCAAGGCUUCAGGAAGAACUCAUUGCUGUGAAACUGAGAGAAGCAGAAGCUAUUAUGGGCUUGAAAGAACUUAGACAACAAGUCAAGGACUUAGAGGAACAUUGGCAGCGCCAUUUAGCACGAACUACUGGAAGAUGGAAAGACCCACCUAAGAAAAAUACAGUGAAUGAGUUACAAGAUGAGCUUAUGACCAUUCGGCUCAGAGAAGCUGAAACACAAGCAGAAAUAAGAGAAAUAAAACAAAGAAUGAUGGAAAUGGAAACACAGAACCAGAUCAAUAGUAACCAUCUUCGAAGAGCAGAACAAGAAGUGAUCAGUUUACAGGAGAAGGUGCAAUAUCUUUCUGCACAAAAUAAAGGACUACUUACUCAAUUAAGUGAAGCAAAGCGUAAACAAGCAGAGAUUGAAUGUAAGAACAAAGAAGAAGUGAUGGCUGUGAGACUUCGGGAAGCAGACAGCAUAGCUGCUGUGGCUGAACUGCAGCAGCACAUUGCUGAGCUUGAAAUCCAGAAAGAAGAAGGAAUGCUUCAAGGACAGCUUAAUAAGUCUGAUUCUAACCAGUAUAUUAGGGAACUGAAAGAUCAGAUAGCAGAGCUGAAUCAUGAGCUCAGAUGCCUAAAAGGCCAGAGGGCCUUCUUGGGCCAACCCUCUUUUGAUGGAAUCCACAUUGUCAACCACUUAAUAGGAGAUGAUGAAUCAUUCCAUUCAUCUGAUGAAGAUUUUGUAGAUAAUUCCUUACAGGAAAGUGGCAUUGGAUUUCCAUUGCACAGAAAACCUGGACCCAUGUCUUUGAAUCCCACUGUGGGAGAUGGUAGUGAAAGUGAAACAGAAGACAGUGUGCUAGAGACCAGACAGAAUGAUCAAGUGGCUCAAAAGGAGUGGCCCUCAAGAAGAAAGUCAUAUUCAACCACUGUCUGACCAUCACUGUGACUUCAGCUGAGGAUUUUGUAAGGGAUGUUUGCAUAUGACUGACUAAGGGUUUUUGGAACAUGUCUGUUUCAUAUGUACAUAUAUAGAUAUAUAUAUAUUUUAUGAUCUUACCUGCCUUUUUAUCUUUGCCAAAUCUUCACCACUGACUUACCAUUGCCAUAAAUAGACUGAAAUGUGGUUAAUGGGAAAAAUAAAGAUCUAACAGUAUUACUGAACAUGAAUGUUUCUUGUCUACUAUUGCAAUUAAAUCUAUAGAGAGAACCAUUUUUAAAACUUCAUAAGUAUAGAAAAUUGAAUUUUAUUCAGAUAAAACUGCUCUUGUGCAAUAUUUUAUGCUCAGUGAACAAAUUGUAUAUUUAUGAUUAUCAGUUUGUUUACAGGUUAAACACUUGACUGCAAACAUUUGAUUAAGAAAUACAUCUGAUUUACCUUGUGUUCGGAGAUUUUUUUUUUUCAAUUACAAUUAGUUUGAUUAAUGGGCCAUUGAAAGUUCCCAAAUGCAAAGCCUUUUUUCCUCAUAUAAUUUUAUAAACAUAAAUAUAAUGGUUAUCUGUCUGAGAGUUUUUAAGUUUUGUUUUAGUUUCUUACAUUUAUAUGCAUAUGAUAUUAUCAUGUGUUACCUACCAGAGUAGUGUGCUACUACAAAUGUAGUCUUUGUACAUAUUUAUAAAUGUGCAUCACCCAAUAUUGAACAUCACUUUAUAUUGAAAUAUACAUGUUACAAAAUGACUGCCUUUAGCAUCCUAAUAGGAUUUCUGUAAAUGAUAGAUUAAAGGAAAAUUGAAAAUAAAACCAAACACUUAAUAUUUUGGUAGCUUUAGUAUUUUGCUUAGCAUUCAACACUAGCAGAUAUAUAACUAGUGCUUGUUCAAAAACACUAUUGGUGAAAUCUGAUACUUCAUGUGUCUGUAACUAGAUUGUUUCAUUAAGAAAGUUAUAUUUAUAUAGCACAUAUUAUUCAAUGCUAAUGUUCUACUUAGUAUAAUUUAAGUAAUGAACUAAAGUUCAAGCCAGUUAUAUAUACAAAAAAAAUCUGUUAACAUUAUCCUCAGAUUUUCUAGUUACUAAUAAGUACAUCAAGCCAUAAAAGAUCUUUUUCUACCAAUUCUCCCCCUUCUUUUUAACAUCUAGAGAGUUCUCCUUAGGAAAAUGAAUGUUCAUCUUUGAUAAAUUGAAGAAAACACCUAAGUUACACUUACAAUAUGGAAUGACAACAGAAUAUAUUGACUGAAUGCCUUUUGUUUUCAUUUUUGUCAACAGUCUCUGGAAAAAAUACCCUUGGAUGCUAAUAGGAAGGUAGAAUUCAGAUAUAUGGAAGUGCAGUUUUGUACAAUAUAUUGCAUGGAGAAAAGAAAUUUAUAUUGUGGAAUGGAAUAGAAGAGACAAGACUAGUUUUAUGUUCAAAACCAGGAGUUAAUAAGCCUUAAGGUAUACCAUGGAUUAAACUUAUCCAGCAAGCCCUUCAUAGCUAUUUGUUUGAGAAGCAAGACUGAAAACAUUCCAGCUGUAUUUGUAGUAUCGGGUUAAAUUCAAGUAGGUAAGCAAUGCAUCUGUGGUCACAGUCAGACAUAGCAGAACCAAAAUUUUAAUCCAGAUUUUUUUGACCCUAGAGCACUGAAAAAGAUUUAGUUGUUAUAUUUCUCAAUUUCUUGCUUUCCUGAAAAUUAAUGUGAUUUAAAUGUUUCUGAAUAUACAUAUAAGUAUAAAGAUUUAUAUAGAAACACAUAACUAAUCAACACUCCUAAGUAGUGUAGGUACAUAUGAAUGUUGAUGCUGCCCUUACAAUUGUCUGACUAGAAUUUUUGGAGUUCUCUUUUGGGGUCCAUUACUGUCAGCCUAGAGGCUAUUGAUGUCCCAGGGAAGAGAGAUGAUUCAUGGCAACAAGAUUGCUCUGACCUCCACAUCAAAAAUCCAAAAGAUCUAGACCAGGGGUUAACAGCUACAACCUUUGAGCCAGAUCUAGCUAGGUGUCUAUUAUAUGACCCACAAACUAAGAGUGACUUUUGCAUUUUUUAAAAUAUUUGGUGGGGCCAAAAGAAUCACACUUGGUAUCAAAUAAAGAUCAUAUGAAAUUCAAAUUUCAGUGAUAGUAAAGUUUUAGUGGAAUAUACUCAUGCAUAUCCAUUAUGUCUGGCUGCUUUGGUGCUACAAUGGCAGAGCUGGGCAGUUGCAAAUAGACUGGUUCACAUAGCCUGAAAUGCCUAUAGCAGUAUAAAGGGAAAAAAAAUGCUGACCCUUAAUUUAUAUACUCUAAAAUCUAGGUUUAUUUAUUCACUUGUCUUAGAAGAUUAGCUUAUAUGUUGUUACUAUUGAGCUAGUGAUUUGGGAACUUAAAUUUCCUGGUGGACUUCUAAUCAGAACUAUUCAAAUUGUAAAGUAUUCCAGCUGUUUUAUAUCAAGAAAUAUUUUAUGCCAUACACAAUUUUGGAAGAUUAUGUGUACCAUUCAAAAUGAGGAAAGAAUUCCAGAAUCCCAGAACUUUCUUUAAAGCAUGCAUGACUGACCUCUAGAGUAUUUUUUUAUUAUUAUUAAAUCACUGUUGUAAUUGGCUUUAAAAUAAGAACAUCUUUUUAGAAUCGUGUUUGAACUCCAAACUGUGAAAGAUAUUCUUAGAGAAGUCCCUCUAUACUGUCUCUGGCAAGGAAUUAGAUGUUAGAAGGAUCAUGAUAAGUAAACCUUAAUCUCUAGAUGCUCUUAUAAUUCCAGCAAUGAAAAACUUGAAGCAAUAAUCUUCACAUUAAAGUUCUUUGAUUCAAAUGUGUCAUAGGAGGGUUUUAACUUUCCUGGGAAAAUAAGUCAAAAUGUAGUUUUAUAGAACUUCUACCCUUUUUACUGAUAGAUAUUAAACACUUUGAUGAAUAAUUGAGACAUCAAGUCCCAACUAAGUGGUUGGCAACCGUAGAAGAGAAGAGAAAAAAAUAAUUAAAUAAAAAACUACUUUUUUGUAAUACUGAAAGUGAUGCAGCUUGUUACUCCCCAGAUAGUGCCUUUGAUUGAAAAUAAAGUCUAGACCUUUUCAAGUACUUUAUUUCUGACAUUAUAAGAAAUUAUCUAUUUCCUCAUUCUUUUAUAGGAUGUACUGUAAUUUUUUUUUUUGGUCGCCUAGGCCUUGAUCAUGAAUAAUUCCAUCACUUCUGGACUGCUUUUUUUCUCCACUUUUUAAUUUCUUUAUGGGGGAUUAAUGUGUUACAGAGCACUGUAAUUUUCAAAUCUAAAGUACAUGGAUUGUAUUUUCGUAAUGCCCUCUCAUGGCCAACUUGAUUAUUGUAUAGUACCAGAGAUAAACGGUUAACAUUUUUAUGAGGUCAGUGAUUUACUUUAUUAAGACAAUUAGUUUUAACAUGAAAGUUAUUGCUGUGCUAUCACACAAAGCAUUAAGGUUUUCCAGUUAAUGUUAGUGUAAUUCAUUCUGCUAAAAUUACAUGGUUAGUAGAGUGGAUGGUAUUUGUAAUUCAUUUGUACAUGUCCAUUCAUCUACCUACCCCUUCUUUUCACUCCAGAGGAGAGAUGAUAAAAUAAGAUGAAUAUACUAGAGAGAUGCAAGUUACAAUGUAUAACAUGUUGCUGUCAGAAUUUCUUACUGUAACAUUGUAUGAUAACGACAUGUUUAUUUGUGCCUUUGCUUUAAACAAUUAAAGUUUUUCAUUUUUACAAGAA